GAGCUGUGAGAUCCCGGAGUCUGGAGAUGCGGCUGCUCCGCCAGUGCUUGUGUUCCGCUCCACAGCCGCGGCGGCCGGAGGAGAUCUGAGGUACCGGGCGCUGACUGCGGGACUAGGAGCCGCCUGGAGGUUGGAUCGGGCUCCGCUCCGUGUGCUCCGGGAUGGCGCUGCCGGGGAUGGGAUGUGCUCGGCUGGACCUGCUGCUCCUGAUCUGGAUGCUGAUCGCCGGAGAUUUCGGCCUGGCCCUGGGAUUCAUGUCCAAGGACAAGUUCCGCAAGUUGUCAGAAAGUCAAUCCUCUUCUUUUACCCAACAACCGCAGGAUCAAGUAGUGGUGGCCGGGAGGCCGGUGAGCCUACCCUGCGCCAUCCCUGGUUACCAUGGGGUCGUACUCUGGAUUAAAGAUGGACUGGCGCUUGGAGUUGGAAGAGAUCUUUCUGGUUACCCCCGAUACUCUGUGGAGGGCGACCACUCUUCCGGAGAACACCACCUAAAGAUUCAGCGCGCAGAGCUCCAGGACGAUGCGUUGUAUGAGUGUCAGGCCAUACAAGCUGCCAUCCGAUCACGGCCGGCCCGGCUCACCGUCCUGGUUCCGCCAGAUGAUCCAGUUAUUAUUGGGGGUCCUAUAAUAAGCCUACGUGCCGGAGACCCCCUGAAUUUAACCUGUCAUGCAGACAAUGCUAAGCCAGCUGCGACCAUCAUCUGGAUGAGGAAUGGAGAGGUUCUGAAUGGGGCCACAUACUCUAAGACUCAGUUACGGGAUGGAAAGCGGGAGAGUAUAAUCAGCACUCUUUUUGUGUCGCCAUCCGACAUCGAGAACGGGCAGACGAUCACAUGCCGGGCCACCAACAAAGCCAUCCCAGGGGGAAAGGACACCACGGUCACCAUCAACAUUCAACAUCCUCCAUUGGUUAAUCUCACGGUGGAGCCACAGCCCGUCCUGGAGGAUAACGUGAUCAAAUUUCACUGUGCCGCCAAAGCCAACCCUGCAGUGACGCAGUACCGGUGGGCGAAAGGUGGACAGCUGCUGAAGGAGGUGACGGAAGAGACGUAUGAGACUGUGGUGGAUUACUCCUACUUCUCUGAACCGGUAUCGUGCGAGGUUACCAACGCCCUGGGCAGCACCAACAUCAGCCGAACAGUGGAUGUUUAUUUUGGGCCCCGUAUGGCCACAGAACCUGAAUCCAUUGUUGUGGACCUGGGAUCGGAAGCGACAUUCCAUUGUGCGUGGAUCGGUAACCCCUCGCUCACCAUUGUCUGGAUGAAGCGCGGUUCGGGGGUGGUCCUGAGCAAUGACAACUACCUGACGCUAAAAAAUGUGCGGCAAGAGGAUGCAGGGAAAUAUGUCUGCCGAGCAGUUGUACCUCGGGUUGGUGCUGGAGAGAGGGAACUCACCUUGACAGUCAAUGGUCCCCCGAUCAUCUCCAGCACACAGACGCAACACGCGUUACAUGGCGAGAAGGGACAGAUCAAGUGUUUCAUCCGCAGCACCCCUCCUCCAGACAGGAUCGCCUGGUCAUGGAAGGAGAAUGUCCUGGAAUCAGGGACCUCUGGCCGGUACACGGUGGAAACCGUCAGCACGGACGAAGGCGUCAUCUCUACACUGAGCAUCAGCAACAUCGUGCGGGCCGACUUCCAAACCAUAUACAACUGCACGGCGUGGAACAGCUUCGGCUCCGACACCGAGAUAAUACGACUGAAGGAGCAAGGUCGGAACGCGCGGUCAGGAGCAAGUGUGGAACCAGAAUCUGUCCCGGUCACGGUCAUCAUUGGCGUUGCAGUCGGCGCUGGAGUGGCGUUCCUGGUCCUCAUGGCUACAAUUGUGGCAUUUUGUUGCGCUCGGAACCAGAGAAAUCUGAAAGGCGUAGUGUCCGCCAAAAAUGACAUCCGCGUGGAGAUCGUACACAAGGAACCGACCAAUGGGAGAGAGACGGAAGAACAUUCCAGCAUCAAACAGCUCAUGAUCGACAGAGGAGACUUCCAGCAGGACUCGGUCCUCAAGCAGCUCGAGGUCUUAAAGGAAGAAGAAAAGGAGUUUCAGAAGGACCCCACCAAUGGCUACUACAGCGUUAACACCUUCAAGGACCACCACACGACCCCAACCAUUUCCUUAUCCAACUGCCAGCCAGCGAACAAGCAGCGGGUGCCCACAGGCAUGUCCUUCACCAACAUCUACAGCACGCUGAGCGGCCAGAACCGCCUAUACGACUACAGCCAGCGCUUUGUCCUUGGGAUGGGCAGCAGCUCCAUCGAGCUUUGUGAACGCGAGUUCCAGAGGGGCUCAAUGAGUGACAGCAGCUCCUUCCUAGACACUCAGUGCGACAGCAGCGUCAGCAGCAGUGGGAAGCAAGAUGGCUACGUCCAGUUCGACAAGUCCAGCAAAGCGUCUGCUUCCUCAUCCCACUACUCCCAGUCGUCUUCUCAAAACUCUGACCCGAGCCGGCCGCUUCAGAGGAGAAUGCAGACACAUGUGUGACCAUGGGCCUUACUUAAAUCGUGCCGGGGGGUAGCAGGAGGAGGACCUUCAGUGGUUGAGGCUUAUGGCAAGGACUUCGGACAUUCUGAAGCCGGGAUCUUUAGGUCAUAUGGAGCCUCCCGAGAUAUUUAUCUAGUUUUAUAUUUAUAAAAGAAAAAAACAAAAGAGGAGAGGAGGAUCUCCAUAAUGUACAAAGCACUUUGUUCUAUGGAGUACAACAAGCCAUGCUUCUAUUCUUUAGGUGGGAGAUAAUGAAACAUUUUAUAGACUCUAUCCCCGGAAAUACAAAAAUGUAAAAAAAAAAGUCAAGCUCCCUGUCGUGUGUGGAGCAAAAUAAAGCAGGAAUCGAGCCAUUAGUAAGCACAAUGAGGAACGCGGAUAAUGGCAGGGCAGGGACUGCAGAGGGGGCGCCACCAGUCCAUGUAGCAGUAAACCGGUCUAUACGUGACUAGGGGAGGUCCCAAUCUAUUCCAUGUAAUACCCAGUAUAUACAACAUGUAGUAGGUAAUCAAACCUCUUAUACAUGCCCCCCCCCCCCCACCCCCAUUAUCCCCUAGAACCACGUAGGAUGAUUCCCCCACUGGUGAGGAAUGUGGCUGUAGGAAACAAUGGAGCAGAUCUUGAUUCUUUUUUGUUAUAUAUUCAAUGAUUUUGUCAUGUUUUAUUUAAAAAAAGGAAAAAAAUAUAUAUGAAAAAAAAAUCUCUAGUUUCAGGGACUGUGAGGACUGGAGUCAUCGGUUUCCUUUGUGUCUCAUCUCCACAUCUUUCGAGGACCCUCCACAUCUGAGCACAGGGGAGAAGUCACGCGCCUAUAAUUUAUAUGAUUUUAUACUGUUCAUACAUUGUUUCUACUGUUAUAGCAAAUGAACUGAAGUGAGGGUGUCAAUGGGUGCUGAUCGUGGGCCAUGAUCACUGGAUAAACCAUUCCAUGGCAGUCAGGGUACUAAAUAUGGAAAGAUCAAUGGGUACCGUGAUGGGUGCUGACCGAGGGCCAUGAUCCCUGGAUAAAAUCAUUCCAUGGCAGCCAGAGUAUGAAAUGUUAAAUGAUUGAUGGGUACCAUGAUGGGCUUGGUCACAUGAUCACUGGAUAAACCAUUCCGUGAUGGCCAGGGAAUUAAAUUUGCAAAGGUUUACCUUAAUGGGUGCUGGCCAAAAGUCUGGUCACAUGAUCACUGGAUAAAACCAUUCCAUGAAGGCCUGGGCAUGAAAUGUGAAAAUAGAAUGGAGUACUAAGUUAUUGUGUUAUCCUUCAAUAAAAUAGGCAGUGUGUGUGUCAUAGUGGGGUCGGCCAUGUUUGUUGGAUAUCUAUAUAUAGAUGCGUUUUAAUAAAUCCAUGUCCGAACACAGGACAUCCAGCCGCUAUUGUCA